AUGAUUUCUCCUAUAACUAGACGGCUCUUAAGGGACUGGAAGCGACUAGCGCAUGCGCCAGCACAAACCUCAUAUCACGUUCGCCCGCAGGAGGCAAAUGUUCACCUAUGGCAUUUUGUGCUAACAGCGAACGGUAAGCCAGGGUCAGGAACUAAUGAUAUCUGCGGGUCAGAAAUUUACGGCAUGUUUUUUGUGGGAGGCUCUGACACGGAACCUAUGGUGUUGAUGCGGUGCUUCACACCUAAUGCAUGCUUUCCAGCGAACAAGACGGUGAGUUUGACUCAUUUGGCGCCGCUGCUUUUAGGGCAGGGUUUAUCGGCGUUUCUCGAACAUCUGCAACGGGUGCUAGAACACGCAGACAACUCGGUCGCUAAAGAGAGCAACGCCACAUAUGGUGGGUGGCACAAUACAUCCUUUGCAAAUACACCAGGCGCAAUGAGUGGCGUUACUUUUGACAACCAGCCCAUCGGGAGUGUUGACCGCUUUACUCGCGCGUGGAACCGAAUCAUGUUGCGGGAAUUUAAACUUCAAUUUCCUGCUCUUUACGCUCAAUUUACCGUUACAGCGCAGGACCGCGCUUUGGUGCAACAGUGGGCCGAGGCAAACGCCCGCCGUGAAGUGCCCUCCCCGCGUCCAGCUCGCUUUACCUUCAAGGAUCAUUCACCCGCUACUACGCUAGCUUGUGACAGUGACUCCCACCACUCUAAACGGCGCAAACUCGCCAAACCCUAG